AUGUUCAUUCAGACCCUCACCACUCCCAACCCCGCCUCCCUCAUGUUCAACCCUGGCCAGCCCAUCCUCUCCUCCCCUCCUCCUUCCACCUCCUCCUCUCCCUCCACCUCCUCGCCAUCGGAGGAUCAGCCCUCGUCUCAAUCGUCGAUCGAGUUUUCUUCUGCCCGAGCUGCCCUAGCGUCUCCACUUGCAAUUGCACUGUUCCGCAUUGAUGGUGUAGCACGGGUGUUCCUGGGGGGUGACUUUGUGACCGUGACUAAAACGGAGGAGAGCUCCUGGGAUCUCCUCAAGCCAGAGAUUUUCGCUGCACUGAUGGACUUUUUUGCUUCCGGGCAGCCGGUGCUGAACCCCCAGGCAGAGCCGGCAGCGGCGGGUGGGGAGCAACAACCGGCAGAGGAUGAGAGUGAGACAGUGCUGAUGAUACGUGAGCUGCUGGAGACGCGCAUUCGACCGGCAGUGCAGGAGGACGGAGGGGACAUUGACUUUGUUGACUUUGACGAGGCCACGGGAAUCGUGUAUCUGCGCAUGAAGGGUGCCUGCAGUGGCUGCCCGAGCUCCUCUGUGACUCUAAAGAGCGGCGUAGAGAACAUGCUCACACACUACAUUCCAGAGGUUAAUUCGGUGAAGGAGGUCAUUGAAGAGGCAGAGUGA